CAGAGUGACGUCAGCCGAUCAGCUGACCAAACAGGAAGUAGUUUGGACGCUAAAUGGUGGUUUGAGCAUGUUAGUGUUUAUGUUGUGAUGUUUUUUAGGGUUCUGCGUUCACUACUGAGAGAGAACGUGUAACUGGGGCAAAGAAGGAUUAAAAGCAAGGCUAUAUAAAUAAUAAUGGAGUUUUUCAGUUGAUUCCAACAUGAUACAAUGCAGCUCAUUUGUGCUUGUGUUGUAUUUAGUUACUGAACUGAUGACAUAACUGCAAGUCAUUGGCUUGUACAUGAUGUGUGGAUUUGGACUGCAUCAGCUCUGGAUCCUUGAUGGGCCUAAACAUUUCCAUAUAUAGACUUUAGAGGUGGUUCUAGGAGCACAGCCUUGAGUGGAAAUGUAAACAGUAGCACAAUCCCACGUGGACACACCAAAACAUAAAAAACCAUGUCGUCUCCUGAGCAGCUUAUCGAGAUUGUUAUGGACAACAGAUCGUAUAAUGUGAGUAAGAGCAAGCUGAUUGAAAAGAGCGACUACUUCAGGGCGCUGUAUAGCUCUGGCAUGAGGGAGGCAGGAGAAGAUUCGGUUCAACUGCAAGGACUGAGUGUAUCAGGGCUUGAGCUCGUCCUGGAGUUCAUCAACACCUCUAAAGUAAAAGUGGUCAACGAAAGCCUGGAGGACCUUAUAGAGACGGCAUCUUUCCUGCAAGUGACCCAAAUCCUGAAGCUUCUUCUGUCUGAAAUCCGCCUAGACAACUGUGUCGAGGUUUUUAACCUCUCUGAGGUCUAUGGCACGCACGAGCUGCGCACGGCAUGCCUCAAGUUCAUGAGCUGCUACUACCACCCCAUGCUGCGGAGACCGGAGUUCCACACUCUGGCUGCUGCAUUGCGGGAUCAGAUCAGGGAGAUGCGGAUGAGGGGUAUGGCCACGCUUGUGGCAGUCGGAGACUUCAUGGGAACCUUUCUGGAUCUCGCAGACCAAGAUGAGCCGUGGUCCAUGCUGCGCUACGGGGAGCGAGAGCAGCGUUGGAAGCCCCUCGCCAACAACCUCCCUCCAGACAUGGUGAACGUCAGAGGAUAUGGGUCAGCUGUACUCGACAACUACCUUUUCAUCGUCGGUGGCUACAGGAUGGCAAGUCAAGAGAUUGCUGCAGCACAUUGUUACAAUCCAUGCAGAAACGAAUGGACUCAUAUAGCUCCUUUAAACCAGAAAAGGGCUAACUUUAAGCUGGUGGCAGUGAGUGGGAAGCUGUACGCGGUUGGAGGACAUGGCUUAAGCACAGUGGAGUGCUAUGGUCCUGAGCAGGAUUGGUGGACCUGCGUUUCCUCCAUGCCUGAUCCUCUGACUGAGUUCUCUGCAUGCGAAUGCCAGGGCAUGAUCUACGUCAUGGGUGGUUACACUGCCAGAGACAGGAACAUGAGCGUGCUGCGCUACUGCCCUGCUUCAGAUAUGUGGUCUGUGUCGCACACAUGCUCAGCACAUGUGCGGAAGCAGCAGAUGCUGUCUGUGGAGGACAUCAUUUACCUGGUGGGUGGCUACACACGCGAGCUGGAGCAAUCUGAGCAUGCGAGGGCCAACUCAGAGGAUGCACUGACGAUACAGUCAUACAACGUGCGCACAAGCGAGUGGCUGCAGCUGCGAGCGAGUGUAUCAAAGUCCGGCCUGAACCUGACAUGUGCACUGCAUAACGACGGCAUUUACAUCAUGAGCCGUGACGUUGGCCCACGCACCAGCCUCGAGCACAGAGUCUUCCUCAAGUACAACGUGUUCAGCGAUGCCUGGGAGGCCUUCAGGCGCUUCCCGGCACUUGGUCAUAAUGUGCUGCUCUGCUCCCUGUACCUGCCAAACAUCCUCUAAGCCUGAAGGGUUGAAGAUGUAACUGGUAAAUCCUACAGCUAGUUCACACGGUACUGGAGGUAACUGGGUCAUGUUCAGGUUCAUGUCCAUGGAACUGAGACUCUGAUACACACUACAGUGAGUUGACUAAAUUGACUAUAUUUUGCCCAGUAACUGUCUCAGUAAUUUACAUCCAGUAACAGUUGAAGAGUCUCUCAGUCGUCUGAUUGUUUUAACAGCAUAUAGAUGACCUUUACCAUGUUGUCGAAUAUACAGGAAGCACUAACUACCAGAACAAUUGCACGGCUCUAGCAGAUUUCACAAUUGUUGCACAAAACCUACCAAUGCCACUGCAUGCACUUGCUGAAUUCAGUCAAUCUAGAAUAUCAGUAUAUUACUGAUACACAUGUGAUGUGAUUUUACACGACAAGACUUGAGAUGGAACACUAAGAUCGAGCGUGAACUGUUAGUAGGUGGGAAUCUUUCCAGAAAGUUACCGCUUAGGCCUUACUUUGGGCAAUCUGACCAAAAAAAAAAUCUUGACCAAAACACCUGUGAUUAUUAUUUUUUAUUAGUUUAUAUUGGUUAUUAAUAAGCAUCAUAUGGAAUGCCUUGUGAAUUAGAAAAAAGAUAAAUGUCAAAUUAUCUGAAGGUUUGGAGACAGUUCUCUAAAUCAGCUUGUUUUAGUUUAGCUGGGAUUUUCUUUAUGAUGCCUUAAAGAGGUCAAUUUAACAGGCAGAAAUAUACAGUGUUGGUGGUUAUUUGGUUGAAUUGUGAUUUUGUCUGAAUGUGCACAUUGUUAACUCAGACGAGAAGAGAGAGAGUGACUGUGUCAUAACAAUCAAAAAAUGAAUCACUGAAUCAACCAAUAGCUUGAUUCAGUGAGUCAGCAUUCAAAGUUCACUAUAAAAAAAAAUAUAUAUAAAAUUUCCAGAGAAUUAUUUUAUAUCCAAAGGUCUUUCUGUCUGUUUUGUUGAAUUUCCAUGUAAUGAGUUUUAUUGGUCAAAUUUCAGAUUUAGAGGUCAAAUGAGAUUCUGCUGUGAAUUUCUAGAAACUAUGUACAAUGCACUGUUUCACAAUACAGUGAAAUUCGUCCUCUGUGACUCCUCAGCAAACCCCGACACAAUAAAUGACACAAAAGCAUAAAUUACAAA